AUGAUGCAGGAGAACGUCACAUUCGCACAGGUGGUGGGCAGGAGGGCUUCCAUCAACCCUAUGGAGCCCAACAACGUUGACAGCGGGAGUGGCAGUGCCACUACCGUAAAUGCAGGUGACGUGGUGAUUAUUCCAGGCACUGUGAGCGGUGCGAACAGCACCAUGUCUGUCCGGCCCCCUGGUGGAGAAAGCUACGCAAAUGCCGUGAAGUCGCAGAGUGUCAAGCUUGGGGGUGUUCCGGUGAAUGCCUUCAAGGUGGUUGGAUGCGUCUCAUCGGUGACGAACUCUACAAUGCAGGAGCAAGAGUCGGUGCUUUCCUCAUGGGCAGACGAUGACCAGUGCUUCUUCGACUCCAUACGCAUUGCGAAGGUGGAGGACCCAAAGCCACGCGAGACGAGAGCAGAGACCGAGAGCGAUGACGGCCCCGUUCGCAUAGAUGGUGGUGUCAGGAGAAACCGUGGCGGAAGAGGCUGGAAGUUCAUCGGGAGAGGUGGGGGCAGUAAUAAUAAUCAUAAUCAUAAUAACAGACGCCGAAGGGGCUACUCUGGUAAUCAGAGCCACAACAGCGGCGUCAACUUUCGUGGGGGAAGCUCUGCGGAGCCGCCGGUUCUCUCUGGUGGUCGCUUUGCCUCGUUGCGCUAA